GUAGAAAACAAACAUUUAAGUAUUGAUUAUGCCACAUAUCGUAAAAGGAGAGUGCCAAAUGUCAUGGAAAUGCUCUUAUAUUUCUAAAUUGUUUUAUUUUAUUUUUUCUUUUGUGGCCGUGAGGACAAAGAAAUCGGAAAUGGAGGAAACAUCGGAGAGAAGGAGAAGGGUAGUUUAGGUUCCAGUUCCAGCUCAAGGACACAUAUCUCCGAUGAUGCAACUUGGGAGAGCCCAUUCUUUAAAGGGUUUCUCGAUUACAGUUGCUCAGACUAAGUUCAAUUACUUAAACCCUUCCAAAGACUUAGCUGAUUUUCAGUUCAUCACCAUCCCAGAGAGCUUACCAGCCUCGGAUCUGAAAACUCUUGGGCCAAUUUGGUUUAUUAUUAAACUCAACAAAGAGUGUGAAAUUAGCUUCAAGAAGUGUUUAGGUCAGUUUUUGCUGCAACAACAGGAAGAGAUCGCAUGUGUCAUCUACGACGAGUUCAUGUACUUUGCUGAAGCUGCAGCCAAAGAGUUUAACCUUCCCAAAGUUAUUUUCAGUACCGAAAAUGCGACGGCUUUUGCUUGUCGCUCUGCCAUGUGCAAACUCUAUGCAAAAGAUGGUAUAGCUCCCCUUACAGAAGGAUGUGGGCGAGAAGAGGAGCUAGUGCCAGAGUUGCAUCCCCUUAGAUACAAAGACCUACCAACUUCAGCAUUUGCACCAGUAGAAGCCUCAGUGGAAGUGUUUAAAAGUUCAUGUGAGAAAGGGACAGCUUCCUCUAUGAUAAUCAACACAGUGAGUUGUCUAGAGAUUUCAUCCUUGGAGUGGCUUCAACAAGAACUUAAGAUUCCGAUAUAUCCUAUAGGCCCACUUUACAUGGUUUCUUCAGCUCCUCCUACGAGUCUACUAGACGAGAAUGAGAGUUGCAUUGAUUGGCUGAACAAACAAAAGCCAAGUUCUGUCAUAUACAUAAGCUUGGGGAGCUUUACUUUGUUGGAAACUAAAGAAGUGUUGGAAAUGGCUUCCGGGUUAGUUAGUAGUAACCAAUACUUCUUGUGGGCGAUCCGACCUGGAUCCAUACUUGGUUCUGAAUUAUCUAAUGAAGAAUUGUUUAGUAUGAUGGAAAUACCGGACCGAGGCUACAUUGUGAAAUGGGCUACACAGAAACAAGUGCUUGCACAUGCAGCGGUUGGAGCGUUUUGGAGUCAUUGUGGAUGGAACUCGACCCUAGAGAGUAUUGGGGAAGGAAUUCCGAUUGUAGGCCUUUUACUACUGAUCAAAAGGUGAAUGCAAGGUACUUGGCAAAUGUAUGGAGAGUUGGGGUUCACGUGGAGGGUGAGCUCGAGAGAGCUGUGAAAAGGUUAAUGGUGGAUGAAGAAGGGGGAGAGAUGAAGAUAAGUGCUCUCAAUUUGAAAGAGAAACUGAAAGCAUCUGUUUUGCCUGGAGGUUCUUCAUACAAUUCACUAGAUGACUUCAUCAGGACUCUGUGAAACUAUUUAGUACCUAUGCUUUGGUUUGCAAAUUAAUGAAAUCAUGUACUGUUUUACGGUGUGAACUAUAUAUAUUCUUGGAUCUCAUCACCAGCGUCUCAAGCAACUACUCCGAAGUGUAUAACAACGUACGCAACAAUCUUCUUCAUUUGGAAAGAAAGAAACAACAGUACAGUACCGGCUCCACAACAGCACCGCUACUUCUCACUGUUAAUUGUUCAAGUAAAUUGACAGAUGCAUAAGCGACAGAAUCCUUGGCAGCAUU